UGUGCAUGUAAACAUAGUGACUGUCAAACUGGCAGAACCGGUUUCUCUGUGUGUGAUCAGACAAACACCAUUUUGUUGUUGUUCGGAGAAAAUAAUAAAACUAAAGAAAAACUGCCACUCCAGGCAGAAGCGGUGAGAUGAAUGAAGCCCAGCAUGGAGUGCUGAGUAAAAGAGCCUCAUUUAUUCAACUUGUGAGUAAUUCAAGAGAUCCGUGUCUUCAGGAAUCAGCAGUGAGUCCAUGAGCUGUGUGUCCGUACGCUAAUAUUCAAAAAUGGAGAGCUGUGAUCUGGACACAGAUAAUGUGACCCCACCCUCAGAAAAGCGUGAACUCCAGAGAAAGAGAUCAGACUCCCCAGAACCCAGCUGUGUCUCCAUGAAGAGCGAUCGGUCUAUGAAUUUGCCUUGGGACUUUAAAAAUAGAGACUCCUCACCUGUACACAGUGAUUUACAGAAGGCAGGAGACAGAAGAGAAAAGAUCUUCAUCACAGACACAGGACACGCCCCAGAAUCUCCUGCUGUAAAUGAAUUCCAGAAAAAGUUCAGAUUAAAUCUGAAGGAGAAGUUUCAGUGUUUAAAUGGAGUGAUAAUAAAGCAGGAAAACCGAACGCUCCUGAAUGAGAUCUACACCGAGCUCUACAUCACAGAGGGAGACAGUGGAGACGUCAAUAAAGAACAUGAGGUGAGACGGAUCGAGGCAGCGUCCAGGAGAAAAACAACAGAGGAAACACCAAUCAAAUGCAACGACAUCUUUAAGCCCUUAUCUGAAGAAGACGAACCCAUCAGAACUGUAGUGACAAAGGGCGUGGCUGGUAUCGGAAAAACAGUCUCUGUGCAGAAGUUCAUUGUGGACUGGGCUGAAAGGAAAGCAAAUCAGGACAUCCCCCUCAUAUUUCCACUUCCUUUCAGAGAGCUGAAUCUAAUGAAGGACCAAAAACGGAGUCUGAUGGAGCUCCUUCAUGUCUGUUUUAAGGAAACAAAAGAAACUGAAAUGUCCAGGUUGGAAAAGGUUCUGUUCAUUUUUGAUGGAUUGGACGAGUGUCGUUUCCCUCUAGAUUUCCGCAACACAGUGACAGUGUGUGAUGUAACUGAAUCAGCAUCAGUGCAUGUGCUGCUGAUAAACCUGAUCAAAGGGAAUCUGCUUCCCUCUGCUCUCAUCUGGAUCACCUCCCGACCAGCAGCAGCUGAUCAAAUCCCCUCUGAGUACGUCCAUCGAGUCACAGAGGUACGAGGGUUCAAUGACCCCCAGAAGGAGGAGUACUUCAGGAAGAGAGUUAGUGAUCAGAGCCUGGCUGAGAACAUCAUCACACACCUGAAGUCAUCAAGAAGCCUGUACAUUAUGUGUCACAUCCCAGUCUUCUGCUGGAUUUCAGCCGCUGUUCUCGAGAGAAUGUUGGGUGAAGCAGAGAGUGGAGAGAUCCCCAAGACUCUGACUCAAAUGUACACACACUUCAUCAUUCAGACAAACGUCAUCAGAGUAAAAUACUCAAAGAAGCAGGAGAGUGAUGAAGAAAUGCUGCUGAAACUGGGAAAACUGGCUUUUGAGCAGCUGAAGAAAGGCAACCUGAUCUUCUAUGAGGAAGACCUGCGAGGGUGUGGCAUUGAUGUGACAGAAGCAGCAGUGUACUCAGGUGUGUGUACGCAGAUCUUCAGAGAGGAGCCUGGGCUUCACCAGAGUAAAGUGUACUGCUUUGUUCAUCUGAGCAUUCAGGAACAUCUCGCAGCUCUGUAUGUCCAUCUGACCUUCCUGAAGAAAAAGAGAAAUGUUCUUGAUCAGGAUAAUUCCUCUACAAGGAAAACGUAUAAAAAAAUAAGAAAUGUUCUUAAUCAGAUUUGGUCCUUUCAGACAAUUUCAGAUGUACACAGGAGUGCUGUAGAUCAGACCUUAAAAAGUCAGACUGGACAUCUGGAUCUGUUCCUCCGCUUUCUUCUGGGUCUCUCACUGGAGUCCAAUCAGAAACUCUUACAUGCCUUAGUAACACAGACAGGAAGUAGCUCCCAGAGCAAAAAGGAAACAGUUCAGUACAUUAAGAAGAAGAUCAGUGAAGAUGAUCUUCCUGCAGAAAAAUCCAUCAAUCUGUUCCACUGUCUGAAUGAACUGGGUGAUGAUUCUCUCGUGGAGGAAAUCCAACGCUACCUCAAAUCUGGGAAACAAAGUGAACUCUCUCCUUCACAGUGGUCUGCUCUGGCGUUUGUGUUACUGACUUCAGCACAGGAGCUGGAGGAGUUUGACCUGAGUAAAUAUACCAGUACACAGAAGAUAACACAUGAGGUUCUUGUGAAGGUGAUGCCUGUGAUUGCAGCAUCCAGAAAAGCAGUGUUGUAUAAUUGUGGUGUCUCAGAUGAAGGCUGUGCUGCUCUGAGUUCAGCUCUGAGAUCAAACCCCUCACACCUGAGAUACCUGGAUCUGUCCUCUAAUAAACUCGGAGACUCAGGAGUGAAGCGUCUCUGUGCUGGACUGGAGAAUCCUCACUGUAAACUGGAGAUACUGAGGUUGUGUAAUUGUGGUGUCUCAGAUGAAGGCUGUGCUGCUCUGAGUUCAGCUCUGAGAUCAAACCCCUCACACCUGAGAUACCUGGAUCUGUCCUCUAAUAAACUCGGAGACUCAGGAGUGAAGCGUCUCUGUGCUGGACUGGAGAAUCCUCACUGUAAACUGGAGAAACUGAGGUUGUGUAAUUGUGGUGUCUCAGAUGAAGGCUGUGCUGCUCUGAGUUCAGCUCUGAGAUCAAACCCCUCACACCUGAGAGACCUGAAUCUGAACUCUAAUAAACUCGGAGACUCAGGAGUGAAGCGUCUCUGUGCUGGACUGGAGAAUCCUCACUGUAAACUGGAGACACUGGGGUUGCGUGGUUGUGGUGUCUCAGAUGAAGGCUGUGCUGCUCUGAGUUCAGCUCUGAGAUCAAACCCCUCACACCUUAGAGAACUGGAUCUGUCCUUUAAUAAACUCGGAGACUCAGGAGUGAAGCGUCUCUGUGCUGGACUGGAGAAUCCUCACUGUAAACUGGAGACACUGGGGUUGUGGUAUUGUGGUGUCUCAGAUGAAAGAUGUGCUGCUCUGAGUUCAGCUCUGAGAUCAAACCCCUCACACCUGAGAGACCUGGAUCUGUCCUAUAAUAAUCUGGGAGACUCAGGAGUGAAGCGUCUCUGUGCUGUACUGAAGAAUCCUCACUGUAAACUGGAGACACUGGGGUUGUGUGAUUGUGGUGUCUCAGAUGAAGGCUGUGCUGCUCUGAGUUCAGCUCUGAGAUCAAACCCCUCACACCUGAGAGACCUGAAUCUGUCCUCUAAUAAACUCAGAGACUCAGCAGUGAAGCGUCUCUGUGCUGUACUGAAGAAUCCUCACUGUAAACUGGAGACACUGGGGUUGUGGGGUUGUGGUGUCUCAGAUGACGGCUGUGCUGCUCUCGCUUCAGCUCUGAGAUCAAACCCCUCACACCUGAGAGAACUGAAUCUGUCCGGAAAUGAAAUAAGCAACUCAGGAAAGAAGCUGCUCUCUGCUCUUAAGGAUGAUGAACAUUACAAACUACAGACACUGAGUGUGUGAUGAACAUCUGUGUGUGUGAUGAAGACUCUGGUGUUCCUGCAUUUCCAUGUUGGGGAACAGACAGCACAUUCAUAAACACAUCAGUCAUUUAGUUCUAACAAAUGAAAGCGACUCGGAGACGUGGUCAGUGUGUGUUCAUGGUGCACAGUGAAUCAGAAGGCACACAAUUCUACACUGAAUGUGGAACAACUUGUGAUCUGCAUGAAACUGCCUGGACCUCAGUCCCUUAAAAACCCUGAAAGAGCAGGUGGAAAAGCACAGGGACUCGAUCUGAACCCAGUCAGUGGAAGAGGGAGCUGAAAUGGACAGGAACAGUUUCAGGACAUUGGUGGGAUUCUCACCUGACAGGAUCAGCAUUUGGGGAGUUAAUCUGAGGCCCCGAGGAGACUCACUACAAGGCACAUUUAUCACUUUGUCCUUUGGUUGGUGUUUAAUGUAGUUUAGAUCUUUUUGAAACAGGAUCAGACCAAAUCUGUUCAUUUACUCUGAUAUCAGAUGAUCGAACCUGAUAUGGGAUCAGUGCCAUCCCUUUUACUGAAGUAUACACUACUUCCAAUCUAUUGUAUAAUUGUAUCAGUCAUAUACAAUUUGAAGAACUGAAUAUAUCCAGUGUAAUUAUUUGUGUUGUAUCAAAUUAGUUUAUUGAUUUAAAAUGAAAUUUUUUCACACACACAAAACAAUCAACAGUUACUGAAAAUAAACUCAUGUCCAGCAACAAAAUAUAUAAAAACUGAUUUG